CAGUAUUGUGAGCUUUGCUCUGUGACUUCCUGAUCCUCUUCUUAUAAAUACCUGGGCAGAGCCAGCACCCUGGGGAGCCAGGGAGCAGAGAGGCCCGGAGCCCGCAGGCCAGCUCCACCUGCCCACGGGAAGAUGAAGCUCUCCACGGCUGCCCUCUCCCUCCUCCUCCUUGCUGCUGUCCUUGGCACCCAGGCCUUCGUCUUGCACAAUACAGAGACGAGACAGCUCACCAGGGCGAUGGACAGGCUUAUUAAUAGAAGACCCAUCCAAGGUGUAAACCCUAUACAAUCAAUCAUGCCUCUAUCUUCAAAUGUGCGUCCUAGUGACUGCUGCUAUGGCUACACCAAACGACCCCUCCAGUGUUCAGUUAUGGAAGAUUUCUUUGAGACCAACAGUCAGUGCUCCAUGCCAGCUGUCAUCUUCAUCACUAAAUGUGGAAAACUGAUCUGUGCCAACCCCAGAAAUAAUGAAGUUGAAGAAUGCAUGGAAACCCUGAAGACCCAGGGAACCAGAUUAGGCCCCAGGGCAGCAGCAGGGUUGCUUUACUAA